ACCACCCUCUCUCCCACCCAAUCCUACGGUCAAUUCCAUACUCCCUCUCUCAAAACCAAAAGUCCAAAACCACCCACACAGUCCAAGAACGCAAACUGAAAUUCUGAAACAGAAAAUGCACACCCCCUCACCUACGCCUUACGUGCCCCUCUUCUCCCUCUCCCACUCUGCACACUUCCCCCUCUCAUUGGUUCUCUCUGCUAACACUCUCUCUUCCCUCAUUGCGCCACGUCUCCCUUAGCCACCCAAUCAUACUCUUCCUCUCUCUCAUCACUGUUUCUACACGUGUUUUUUCUCACACGUGUCCCUUUCAUAGUUCCUAUAUAAUCAACCCCUUCCUCCUCCUUCUCACCUUGUCUCACUGUUAAUUCUUCUUUCCUUUCCCCCUUUCACUUACUGUUAAAAAGAAGUAAAGAAAACAAAGAAUAUGGAUGGUAGAGGAGGGUGCUGUAUUGCUAGGUACGCGCCUGGUGCGUACGAUAUGUCCAAGGUGGACAGGAUAAUGCUUAGGUUUCGCCCUAUCGCUCCCAAACCGGUGGCCGGAGCUUCCGCCACCGGCGUUACGGCCUCUGAUGGUUCUUCGUCGGAGAGCAGUGACGCCUUCUCGAAAAGCUGCGGUAGAACCAAAAGAAAGUACGUCAGAGACAACAACACCGGCAAAAAUAAUAAUAAUAAUAGAAGGACCCGCCGGAGGAAGACAACGACGUCUUCACCGGAAAAUAACCGUCCGGCGCCGGUGAUUACUCUCCCUUUGCUUCCAGAAACUCCUGAUCCGAAGGAAUCACACAACAACAACCACAGCAACACCAACAGCAACGGCAACAACGGCUUGAGCAAGAACGUGCCGGUGUGGCUGAGUUUCGAGAACUCCGGCGGCGGUUCCGAUCCGUACUGGUACGGCGGCGCGUCGUCGUACUCGUGCGUUACGGUGGAAUGCGUGACGGACACUUGGAGAGAAGGUGAGGGGUUACAGGUGCUAGGUGGUACGGACGAGGAGCGGAAGGUGAAUCUUGGUGACGACACGUGUCCAGGGUUCAUAUCGGACGGUUACGGGAGAGUGACGUGGACGAACGGCGCGUACAGGGAGAUGGUUGGGCAGAAAAAUGAGGGUGCGGUGGUGGUGUUGGCUAUGAAGGUUGGUGCAGUGGUCCCUUACCCUUGUUCCUUCACGUGCAGGGUGAGGGUGGUGCAGUUCCAUGCUGGCAAAGAGAGAAGCGCUCUCACAGUUCCUUGUGAUGUUUGGAGAAUGGACUUUGGUGGAUUUGCAUGGAGAUUAGACGUUAAAGCUGCUCUUAGCUUGAGAUUGGGAUCCUAAUUAAUUGUUAGUUAUCAUUAUUAAGUAAGUGGUGAUAAUCUUUUGAUGAGUUUGAGUUGAUUAUCCUAGGUGCUCAUAUAACGAGUGUCACUCAAGUCAAGUGAUGCUUGUUCUUUUUACUAUGGUUUGUGAUGCCUUGUUGAUAAUCGUUAUGCUUUUGGUUUUGUUAUCUCAACUCUCAAGUGAGAACUGUGAAUAUUAAUCUAUGAUGAGAGAGCUACAGCUACCAUAGUUGUAAAUCGUUGCAUGCAACCUUUGUUAUAAUAUAUGUUAUGAUUUUGAGCAAUUA